AAUCGAAGUGCCGCAUAGUCUUGGGGUUAAAGAGGUACCAGAGAUCGCAGGUCGCCGAGUGCAAUGUGGGGUACAGGAAAGCUAGGUGUGAACUGUAGGUGUAGCUGAAAUUUGUAGGAUUUGCAGGCAGUCAGCGUAAGUCAUGCUCAAGGAACGGAGCGCGGGGGAAGAUCAGAGGUGGGUUCUCUCUAAAGUCCCGGUCUGCGAAGGAGAUAGAGGUGCCGGAGGUGGUGGUUCGAGAUGAGCAUUGGCCGUGCCAGUUGGUUGCUUGGACCGCCACUUCUUGGCACUCUCGCCAUUCUUGCUAUCUCGGCAUAAGGAGGUGAUGGAAUUCGCCUCGUGCUUCUUUCUGUAUGUUGUUGUUUGUAUUGGGUGGCAGGAACUUUAUCGGAUGUGUGCUGGGUUGCUCUUUCAGACGUGAGAAGUUAGCUGAGUGCGUAUGGUAGAUUUUGGACGAGUGCUUAGAGAAUUGAGGUGGAAACUUGUCAGCUGUAGGUUCUGCAGAUGGCGCUGUGGAUUUCCACGAUUGAGUAGUGGGUUUGCGUUUUUGAUCGUUGUAGGAUUGAGUGUUGUAGCUGAAAAGAUUGAUCGAGUGGAUUGAAAGGCUUUCUUGCGGACAGAGAAUGUCAUCUGAAAGUGUUGCACAUGUAAGAUGUGUUGCUGUAGACAUGGGCGACCCAGACAGAACUGCUCCAUUAAAGGCUCGAAACGCUGAGAACGAGCACUUCGAAGAGAAAUCAUGGAGCAUCAAAAUGAAAGGUCUGACAAGACGACAGACGGGGCCGGGUGUGGUGUUCCUCCUAUGCGUGGUAUCUAUGGUCUCUCAUAUGAGACAGGAAAAGCUGAAGUUUACUUUCAUGGUAUGUUACAACCAUGAGUAAACAACAAAUCACAAGGAUGUGCAGCUUUGCAAAAUAAUCCGUAGAACGAGAAUAUGAAUUUAGGCUCUUCGUUCGAGGUUGGUCAUGGAAAUGAACAUAAUUCGUUGACCCACUUAACAUAUCAAGAGACAACGCAGCUUGUUGCCGACAGACUGCGAAGUUCCACUCCGUCCUUGGGCUGGCGAUCGUCAGCGGCCUCGCGAAAUCCUGAAUGGUCACCACCACCAGAAAGAACCAACGGAUAUCUUCUUGUGCGGUGUAAUGGUGGCCUCAACCAGCAGCGGGGUGCAAUUUGUAAUGCCGUGCUAGCAGCACGAAUCAUGAACGCCACCCUUGUUUUACCGGCACUAGAUACAAAUUCCUUCUGGCACGACAAAAGUGGUUUUUCAGGAAUAUAUGACGUGAGGCAUUUCAUCACCUCACUUGCCAACGACGUAAAGGUUGUCACGACCCUACCCCUUGUGGGUGUUGUUUACAAGCAGCACAGGAGAAUCAAACCCUUUCAGUUGCGUCCUCCUCGGAAUGCGCUUCCAAAUUGGUACGAGACGGUGGCCCUUGCAAAGAUGAAAGAGCAUGGGGCUAUCCUUCUUAGCCCAUUUUCACAUCGCUUAGCUGAGGAGUUAGAUAACCUCGACUAUCAGCGCCUUCGCUGCCGGGUUAAUUAUCAUGCUUUGCGCUUUCGGGAGGAUGUUAUGAGUCUUAGCAGCAAGAUUGUUGCACGGCUACGAGCAGAAGGCCAAUUUCUUGCCAUCCAUCUCCGAUUUGAAAUGGAUAUGCUUGCAUUUGCAGGGUGUACAGACAUUUUUACUGUCGCGGAGCAAGCAAUGCUCGUGAAGUAUCGGAUGGAAAAUUUCGCGGAGAAAACAUUGCACUAUACUGAUAGACGUUUGAUAGGGAAAUGCCCUCUUACUCCAGAAGAAGUAUCUUUGGGGGCACUGCGAGGUGUAACAAUAUUUGUAUAUAUGUAUAUGUAUAUGUACAUAUUUUUUUUCAAAGGAGACAUAUUUGGCGGUGAACGGUUCAUGGAUCCCCUGCGGAAAUUCUUCCCUCGUCUCAAAACUCGCAAGACAGUGGCCACUGCUGAUGAACUGAACAGGAUCAGUACAGAGGGUCUGCUUGGUCCUGCAGUCGAUUAUAUGGUGUGUUUGCUAUCUGAUAUUUUCAUGCCCACCUUUGAAGGACCCAGCAACUUUGCCAACAAUUUAUUGGGACAUCGAUUGUACAAUGGGUUUCACAAGUCUAUUAUACCUGAUAGGAGGGCAUUGGCUCCUAUUUUCAUGAAAAUGGAAGAGGGAUCACUUGACCAAGGAGAAUUCAAAGAAAGGGUGAAGGCUGCCAUGCGGACUACAUUGGUUGCUGGUCCUCACACACGCGUUGAACCAGAGUCAUUUUAUACCAAUCCAUGGCCAGAGUGUUUCUGUAAACCUCAUGCUGCUCGAAAAAGUUAUCAGUGUCCUGGCCCAAUCUGAGAGAUCAGGAUAGUUUGAAAAUGUCAACAGACUCUGAUAGACUAGGCCUAACCAGGUGCGGAUGCUAGCCUUCGUUUACAAGGUUCUGGUGUGGCCGUCGAAGGUGUCAAACACAUGCAGAACAUCCUUGAUUGAAAGGUUUUUCUUUAAUGUUCUCAGAUGUAUAGAAGUUGUGAAAAGAUGCAUUUUUGAGCCUAAGACUGCAAGCCAUGAGCAAAAUCCGACGAAUAAUGUACGGACUCGGAAGAACGCUAGCGGUAAACACGCAAAUUGGACUGAUAACAACUAGACUGAUAACAGUGGGUUUGAAGCUCAUUUGAAGCAAAAUGAUUCCGAAGGAAUGUUCAGCCGGCAUUACCCCUUCUUUUUUUAUGGUAAGCAUCGCUUUGGCCUCCCUUGUCAA